AACGUUUUCCUUCAGUCAGUGACAAAUUCUUUUGACUUUCGGACAUAAAUUCAGUGUAAUCUUAAGUGAAAUUGUUGAUACUAUCAGUUGUAUGUGCAGAAAAUUUAGGGGAAGCAAGAAGUUUGCUUGCAUUAUCGAAUAAGUUUAGUGUUCUCUGUGUUAUUUGUGACGGUGUUGAUUAGUGUGUGGCAACGCACCAACUUGUCUGUCACCGACUACGCCGUUGGAUCGAUUGGUUAAGAAGUUGGGCAAUCCAUUCUGAUCGGAUUCCAAAUUUUCCGUAUUUUUGGUUCUUAUUUCGAAAUUUAAGUCGGUUUCCAAAUAGUCGAGAUGGUCGUUACCCUUAAUACUGCGCCGCAAAAGAAAACGGGUCGUGUGGCCCCCAGAAGCACUCCACUGGCCGGCCGAACUCGAUCCGUUGGCCUGAAGCGGGCUGCAGCCGGGGCGCUAACGACUCUGAGCGGACCCUCUCUUGGCCUGGUCACUGGGACGGACAGGGACGGGUUCCCACUGCAGAUAUCUGCUACGGCAAAGGCACAAGCGACAGCAGCCCGUUCAGGACAUCAAGUUCUGCAGCCGCCGCCACGCCCAUACCGCAGGGCGGGAGCAGCAGCAGCAGCCGCCUCCGCCGCAGCCGCUUCAGCCGCCGUUAAGUUUGCUGCCAAGGUGCCUGGUGCCCCAGUCGUCGGCGCGGUCUCGAAUUCCGUCAGCAGCAACCUAACCCUUCCCUCGUCCGCCGUCAAGAAGAGUUCGCUGGCCAGCCGGAAAGUGGGCGGUGGCAAGGCCGUAGAUCCCAGCAUCAAGCGUCGCGUCAAGUUCUCGGCCAAUGUGCAUACCUAUCCUUCGGUGACCAGCACCAAGAAGGCCUCCCGGAUUGGUGAGAUCCAGCUGAAGAAGAAGGUCAAGAAGCUGAAGCGGAUUCGAUCGCGUCGGGAGGGCGGAACGGCCAGUGACCUCUUGAGCUCGAGCGGCAUAGCCACAGGUAACCAGGAGGACAUUUACAAACACGGCACCAUCGUUGAUGUGGAAUCUCUGAGAGCUCCGGCAGCAGCGCCCCGCGUCCUGCGUCUAAACGUUGUGGGCAAAUCCUCGCCUGCAACGGGUAAAUCUGCCUUAGCAACUGCGCUUCUCCGGAAGGCCAAGAGAUCAGCAGCUGCCGAGGAAAAAGCUAAGGAAGUAGGAACUCCAGUUGGCAGGAGUGCGAAGGCAAAGACAAAGGCGAGCAGCAAAACUAUUGGAGGCAGCACAAAGAAGCUUCUGGGAUCCAGCUCCCUUUCGGUCGAAAGUAGUGCCAACUUAGAGGUACGCAAGAAACCAGCCACGGGAACGACGGGGGCACAGCGAAGAAGUCCAACCCAGCCACAAAAUGGGCGGCGAAUCUUUGGAAAAGUCUGAAGGCGGUGAUCAGCCCAAGAGUACCGCCGAGAAGGAGCAGAAGCAUCAGCAGGGAGCAAAUCAUCAGGUGCUACGGGAGAAGCGUCGCCGCAAUGUGUCACCCGAUGGAGGCGAUGCAGUGGUAGGAGUAAAGUCGGCAGAGAGUGCAUCUGAGGGAUCAUCUGCUGCUGGCGGGUCGGCAGCCAAGAAGCGGGUAAACACACACCACACAUCGGCACUCUUGUUGCCCGCCACAAAAUAGAUUCUCACUCAGCCGAUUCGAUAGGAAUUCUUGGCAGCAGUUGCACAGCCAAAAAGACACCACUACUCAACACCACACAGCGGACACUUGGGCAUUUUGAUGAAACAGUCGAAAUUGUUUGGUCUAAUAAAAAAGGAAAUAAUAUACUAAAGAAAAGA